AUUUCUUUUCAAUCUUUCUGUGCUUUGGUUUAUAUUCUCUCUCUCUCUCUCUCUCUCUCUCUCUCCCUCUCUCUUUCUUUCUCCUCUCUUUUCUCUAUUUUCUCUUUCUUUCUCUCUGUGAUUGAUUCUAUCAACGAAGGGUUUUUGCAUCUUGUUCCAUAUUCGGUCCACUGGAAAUUUCUCAAGUCUCUAUGCCUCUUUGAUCCAAUCUUUCAGAUUCAUUCUCAAUAACCUCUUAAUUCUUCUUCUUCUUCUUUAUUGGGUUUCCAUCAAGAAAAAUUUGAAUCUAAUUCUCUCUGCGUCAUCAUCGAUCUUGCUCCCACAAAGUUCAAUUUCUCAGACUUUUCUGUUCAACUUCUACUCUCUUUCCUUUUUUCUCUGUCUCUCUCUGACUCUGACCCCAAAAAAAAAAAAAACAAAAAGAACAAAAGUUACAUAAUUAGGUCAGUCAUAUUUGGAGGCUUUUCUUUUUUUCUUUUUUUUUUUUUUGGGCUUUCUUGCUUAGCUGUAUAUGGAGAUCAAUUUCAUAUAUAAUCUGUAGCAAGCACCCCAAACACCAAAAUUGAGAGCUGUUAAUAGUUCUUUUCCACUUUCCCUUGUAUCUUUGAUCUUUGUUCAUUGAAUUUUGACAUCUAAAUAGCUAAAUCUGGCUAAUCCGUGGUGGACCAAUCAGGUGGGGCUGCCGGGAAUGGACCCGGCAGCGAAUUCACCUGUUCUCAACAAACAUGACCUCUCUAUCAACGAAAGCAGCGGCGGCCGGAGUAGCGGCGGAGGCGGUAGAGCCGACGAAGAAGACGAUAGAGAGCAAGGCGACGAACCUAAAGAAGGAGCAGUCGAGAUUGGGAACAGGAGACCAAGAGGCCGACCACCCGGAUCCAAAAACAAACCCAAACCUCCCAUCUUCGUAACCCGAGACAGUCCAAACGCACUCCGAAGCCACGUCAUGGAAGUCGCCGGUGGAGCCGACGUCGCAGAGAGCGUAGCUCAGUUCGCCCGCCGCCGCCAGAGAGGGGUUUGCGUGCUGAGUGGGAGUGGCUCGGUUGCCAACGUAACCCUCAGACAACCUGCGGCUCCGGGAGCUGUGGUAGCACUCCAUGGGAGGUUCGAGAUUCUGUCGUUGACCGGAGCAUUCCUGCCGGGACCCGCGCCUCCUGGAUCGACGGGGCUCACGGUGUACCUGGCAGGUGGUCAAGGACAGGUAGUUGGAGGAAGUGUGGUUGGAUCACUUGUUGCAGCUGGACCAGUUAUGGUGAUAGCUGCAACUUUUGCUAAUGCUACAUAUGAGAGAUUGCCUCUUGAGGAAGAUGAUGAAGCUGGUAGCGGUGGCCACGGCGGUGGAGGCGGUGGUGGUGGAGGUUCGCCGCCUGGUAUCGGAGGAAGUGGAGGGGGACAAUUGCAGGGUGGAUUGCCUGAUCCAUCUGCACUGCCUGUUUACAUGCCACCAAACAUGGUACCUAAUGGUGGUCAGCUGGGGCAUGAGGCUUAUGCUUGGACUCAUGGAAGACCACCUUACUAAAUUAGAAACAGGUAAAAAAAAAAAAAAAAAAAGAAAAAAAAAAAAAAGAAAUAUUUUAUAAAUAUUGGGUGGAGGAAUUUGAAUUUCCAUCAAUCUUCCAUUUUGUUGUAUUUUGAAGCAGCAGAGAGAGAUUAAUUGGUAAGAAGUAGAAUAGAGAGAUAUUUGGAACAAUGAGAACAAUGCUCUUGGUGUUCUCAAAUGUAUAUUAUUUAAAAGCUUUCUUUUGUCUUUGCUUCCCCCCCUUUCAGUUUGGUAAUAAAAAGAGAUGAUUAUUAGUCUUUGAUAAUUGGUUUCUAACCACAAAUUUUAUUAGUUACUUAAUAUAUUCUCCCUCAAUAUUUUUCUUGGUGGGGGUAUUGUGUAUCUCUUGCUUUUAGGGGUUUAUAUAUAUAUUUUUUUGGCAUGUUAA